GGUAGUGCCACAGGAUGAGGGAUCAGAAAGAGACACCUUGACUUGAGUUGAAAAAAAAAAAGUUGCCAAGAUGAGUGCUCUUCCCCAAAACAACCUGGAAGAGCAACUUGCACGUUACAGACAAACCAACACUGGGACCAGCAAGACAGGCCAGGUCACCAAGGGGUCAUUCAACUUUAAGAAGACUUCUACAAGCAGUGUUAGGACAACUCGCCCUCAGAAUUCCAGCAGUGCACCCAAACAAGGCUUCACUGUAACCAAAGAACCAAGGAAGCCUCUAUCUCCUGUCAAAAAUAACAGCAAUAUUCCAAACAAAGUACAAAACAAUACUGUGCAUGAAAGUACUUGGAAACAACCUGCCAAAUUGUCCUCCCAUACCUCGAUAGAGUCAAACUCUUUGACAACUAGUGUCGAUGCGCUCAACCAAAAUGGCGGCAGGACUAGAAGCAAGCUUUCACGCGGCAACAACAAGUCUUCGCAGCAGCUUCGUAUCAACAAGUUCUUUGAAAAACCCAAACCCGUUGUUGCACCCAUUUUCACAACAAAGAAGUCACAGGCUUUGAUUCCAAGUACAUGCACAAGAGUGCAGAAUUCUAACAGCAGGUCUAGUAACAGUACUACAGCAGGACAGAGUGGAGGUGCAGGGAAGGAGUUUGAGAUGUCAAGCUGUUUCGACUCGCCACAGAUGGGCUUGAGGAACACCAGUACACCGAGGCACACCCCAGUGGCCUGUGUAAGACCAGUCGCUGCUGCAUCUUUCACAGGUGAUGAUUCCAUCAGCAUGCCUGCAGAGCGGCGGUGGGAGAGGUACUUUGGAAACUCUCCUCCAAUGGACGACCUUGACGAUUUUGAACCAUCCACAGAUUUCAACCUCCCAACUCCAAGAAAGACCACAGUUUCACCAGUCCAUGAUAAGACAUCCAGCAAUAGCCACAACAAUACUAAGCAGCCAAAGGUCCAGCAAGCUGUUGCUGCAAAGUUUGGUUCUGACUCAGUGAUAGACUUGACUGACAGUAUAGACUGCAAACAGGCACAGAAGUGGAAGGAUACAGACACACCAGGAGGUGAUGAGGCCAAGACAUCAGUAGAAGACAAUGACAAACAGAUAGAUUGGGCAACGGAUGAAGUCUCCAGCAGCCAAAACGACAUGUUUGGAUCCAGUCAACAAGACGACUCCAUAGCCAUGAUGUUAGACGCUGUACCCAGCUCACCACCUGUUCAAACAGGCACGGAACAGCAGAGGACAGCACAGGCUGUCAGUGGCAGAGACAGCAGCCGUGCUGUCAAACAGCCUGAAGGACAGAGAAGUCGCGGGACAGCGCAUGCUGGUUUUGACCUUGCUGCUGUUUCCGACUAUCCUUUGCUGUAUACUGAAGCUAAGGAGCUUGCGUCGUCCCAGUUACACCAGGGUCUACAUGACCUGUUGUGUUACCGACUGUCUGUGAUGGACCAGAUGUGCAGGGUGUUCGACAGACUUCCUCUGUCUGUACUGACUUCACUUCCAGCUGCUGACAUGACAGCCAUCACACAGUGUAGCAGUCUCAGGAAGCAGCUAACAGCCAAGAGUAAAGAAAUGGAAACAGUCCUGAAAGAUCGUGGAGAGAAAAUACCAGACUACCUCACCACAUCUACUCUGUUCUCUCCUCCAACAAACAGUAAAGCUUCUUUUGUAGAAAAUAGAAACAAGACUCCUAAUAUCAACAACAGUACAAGAAGUGCAACAACUGCAAAUAAUGGUGACCCCCAAACUUUGAACUCUGGAGAGGAAAGUAUCGCAUCUUGA